AUGGCUGCGGCAAUGUCGACAUGCCAUGCGCUUUCCGACCCACUGCCACCACCUGUCCUAUGCUGCUCCUCUUUCACCAACUCUGCCCGCCUGCUGAAGGCCAUGCACCCCACCAAUGGAUCCCCUUCCUCCUCCAAGACCAGCUCCACUCCUGCAGCCUCAUCGUUGCGCCCUCGGGCCCGUCGCCUGAUAUCCAUCGACGAUGAGCUAGAUCCGGCAGCGUCCGGCAGCGAAGGCAGCGCAUCCCCCUUCGCCUCUAGAACCGCAUCCCCCAUCCCCAGCUCCCACCCUUCGCGGCCCAACGUGACGUCGAACCCAUCGUCCCUCACACGAGCGGCAGGUGCGCACGCUCCGAACGGCAGUCGAGAUGCGUCUGUGACUUUCUCCGGCAUCUGGGGCAAUUCAUGGUCGGCCAUCCAGGGCCUCGCAACAAACGUACUGGGCAACGACGCGGGGCCAAAGGACACUGCGACCCGGCGACGGAGACCGCUGGCUGCCACACAUCGACGAGCAGCGAGCGGUGUGACGCCAAAACAAUGGGGUCCGCUGGGGUCUUCGAGCUCCCAGGUCGGAGCCGGCCCACAAGAGGAACGAGAGAGCAUGGUGCGGGCAAUGAAGCGGAAGGACCUCCUCACUGCCGACGAGCACCUGCUGCCUGAUUCGGUAGGGCGCAUAAAACGCAGAAAUUCUGAUGACCGUCUGAGUGUCUCGGCACCCCCGACCGAGAAUGACGAUCGGGACGCUCUGGUCUACGUUCACAUAGUUCGGCCCCAGGACACUCUUGCCGGUAUCACCAUCAAAUUCAACUGUCAGCCGGCUGUACUGAGGAAGGCCAACCGCAUGUGGCCGAACGACAGCAUCCAGACAAAAGACACGAUACUUCUCCCCGUCGAUGCAUGUGGGGUAAAGGGACGUCCAGUGACCGGACCGAACGCCCAACAAGAGGAGGAUCUAUUGCUAGGGGACUAUGGUGACAAACAAAAUAGCGCAGACACUGAUUCGACCACAAUACCGAACGGAUGGCGAUCCCACAAAGACCGAAGCCAACAUAGUCCAUCUGCACCUUCCUCUUCUCACUCGAAUGCUGAUUCUGAACUCCCUUGGAAACACGACUCUUGGGUCAUGCUCCCCAACGACUCCACUCCCAUAGAGAUUGGCCGUAUGCCCCGCAGAGCACUUGGCUUUUUUCCUCCUGCCCGACGGAAGUCUCUCGCGUAUUCUGAUGCUUCAACUCCUUCUCCUUCCUUCGAUCUGCCCCGUUCCUCUACGUCAACUAACUACACAAAUUCGCAUAUGAAUUCUCCCGGCCAAAACGCUAGUAGAGUGCGGCCUCCAACGAGCCGCGGAACUCCCUCCUCUGGUAUGCAUGGCCGCCACCGCAGUAUUUCCAACUUUUCGCUGCAUGGCCCUGGGGGGGUCGGUACGCUCGGCAAGAAUGUUCGAAGCCCAGGCCCGGCUCAGGAUGGAUUGAACAAGCUAUUCGCGUCGCAUUUACCUAAUGUUGCGCCUCCUCCAGGACAGGAAUACUUCACACCGUGGGCACCCAGCCUGCUAGAUGCAGAUACAGGAACAAGCGUUCAACUUAGUGGAUCAGGCGCCCGGACGCCGCUAGGAGGAGCUGGAAUAGACCUUCAACAAUUUGGGGGAGCCAUUGAAGGAUGGAUGCGCAAUAUGGCAUCACAAGCUUCUAAGAUACUCUCAGACCCCUCAACAUCUAGCCAGGGGAAACGCUCCGCUGUUCCAGUCAUCGGAGCUGUCGGAGGCGACUUUGGUGAUUUAAUCGAACUAAGAGAUAGCGCUUUUGAGAUUGGCGAUGGCGAUACUAUAGGAGGCAGGGUAGGGGUGGCAGAUCUGUUAAUACCAACGUCGGAACAGUAUCAGAGCGCCAGACCUGAUGUCAAUCUUGUAAUCCGCGAUAGGGGCCGGAAAGGCCAGGCCAGAAAGAUCGAUUGACCUUUCAGAAUUUGGAGCAUUGCAGCUCUUGCUGGAAAUUCGGGCAUGCAAUAGGGAUCUCAUUUGAAUGCAUCCAGCCUCUUGGGAAUUUGGUGUUUAAUGGCGUUUUGAUAUUAUUUAUGGACCCAGCGGGUUGGUUCUACCUCUUUGUUAUAUACCUGCAGAUCAUAUCUCAGCGCAAGC